CUCACAUUCAUCCUUCUCUCUUUCAUCCUUCCUUACACACUCUCUAAUCCCAUGCCGACUUUCCUUCAUUCUUUCUCCUAAGUGUCUUCGGCAACAUCGUCCUUCAUUGUUAGACCAACAGACAUAUUGUCUAUCUCUCUGUCUCUUGUCCUGCUUGGUCUUAGCUUCCCUCAUUGUACCACCUGACUACACAUUCGCUACAUUGUAAUCUUGUGUCAUAACAUACAUACUGUCUUACAUUCGUUUUCUUGAUACUGUUCGACAUAUCUAUCAACCCUAUCCAUACUAAACAGUGCUUGAACAGGCACAAACAUCGAUAUACAAAGAAGAGACUGUGAACCCCAACACAGUGAAGAUAUGAGAGCUCAGAACAAUCUCACUGUUGAAGUUGACUGCCACUCAUUGGGUUCCAACGAGUGUCCCUCGAUGACUUCCAGCUUCUCGCCCAUGGAUUCCCCUACGCCAACCCCAACCAGCAUCUAUAGCCAAGGCUCACUGGCCUCGCCUGGGUGGCAAGACGCUGGGUCAUACCCAGCACAUGCCUACGAGCGGCAUACUGGAACCACGCCGAUGCGAAGUGCUUUCCGCCUGGCGGGGAUGACUUCCAAUGAGAAUAUGGCCAUGUCUUACGGUGGCAUGGAAGCACAGGAACGCAUGCAUAUGCCCGAUUUUCUGUCUGCUUAUGAUGAUAACGUGGAGCACUUUUGGCUCCCAUCGGAUGCGCCGAAAACCUAUGAGACCGGAACACACAGCCUCCCAUACCCCCACACCCUGCCUCAAUGUCCUCCUAUGGUUCGCAGUAACUAUCGUCCUCAUGCCGCGUAUCUGCCAGAGGCCACCACUAAUCCUUGCUUAUCACGAUCUAUUUUCCACCAUGCGGAGAGGGUGCCCCCAUCCAUGUCUAUGGGAAACAUGAUGCCAUGGAUCCCUCAGGCUACCGAAUCAAUUGCGCCUCAAACCAUUGCCCCAUCUCAGGUCGGCCCGGUAACCCCACCACCCUCUUACUCUGAGUUCCCUACUUCUAUCCAGACUUUCAAGACACACAGCCCCACAACGCCACUUCGUUCCUGCUCCAUUGGCACCGCAUCUGGCCCUGACACACCCAUCAGCCGCUUGUCCGGUGGUGCGGGAGACUACCUGGAGGACUUCCAGCAAUCGCCACCAUUCCGUGACGGCCUCAACCGUCUCCAGCGUCAGCCUUCAAGAAAGAUGAUCAGGAAGCAGUCCUCUCGACAAAGCAUGUCUUUGGAGAACCUCCCAUCUAUUAUUAAACAGGUUCAGUUCAAAUGCAAGGAGCCAGGCUGCAAAGGUCGCUUCAAGAGACAAGAGCAUCUGAAGAGACAUAUGAAGAGCCACUCAAAAGAGAAGCCCCAUGUCUGCUGGGUACCUGGCUGCGAGCGUGCCUUCUCUCGCAGUGACAACCUGAAUGCCCACUAUACGAAAACACAUAGCAAGCGGGGUGGCCGGAACCGAUACGUCGCCACGCUUGAUGAGAGCAGCCCAGACUACGACCCGGACUUCCGGGGACAACUUACACCGGAUGGACGCCCAAUUCGCGGCUCAACGCUAGACGAUCCUAUGCCCGAUACCCGCGAAUACAGUGUUGACGUGUUAGAAGAUUAAAUUUUUCAGUACGAAAGGACAUUACGGGUGGAUCCCUAUAUGAUACCCUUUGACACCCUAAUUCUCUUUUGUCUUUAGAUGGCUACUGACGCAUGGGGCAUCGGAGGCCUCGGUCGGCGCUUCACGGCGUUUCUGUAAAACAGCUCUGAUUAUAUGCGAUUGACGUGAUUCUAUCUUCCAUGUUUUUCUUUUUACAUUUUACCCUUUUUAGUUGAACGUUGCAUAUUUCCUUUGUCUUUUCAUUUCCAUCACAAUUUCUUUCCCCCUUUUUCUUUAUUUCCUUUGUUCUUGGAGAGGCUUUCAAUCUAAAUCCGAAUAAUACGACAUCAUUGGGAGGAACCAACAAAAAAGGGGUAACUGUAUGCUGAGGUGCGGCCAUGUCC